AUGAAAUUCGUGAUCACUUUCUUUAUUCUUUUGGUGUCCAUUACCGUCCUUGUUCAGGCAUCUCCUGUGGAAAAAAGAGAAUCAGGACUUGUUCUACGAGGAGAAGAGUAUUCUAAAUUCGUAAAAGAAUAUGAUCAUGCUAUGUCAACUUUACAAACUUCUCUAAAGGCAAUGGAUAAAAGGAUGGAUAUAUUUCAUCAAAGAGUAGUAAGCUUUGCUGCAAUCGUACUCGACGAUGCGCACAUAAAAAGGGAUACUCCCCCUAUAUAUUUUUUAAACUUCGUAAAUACUCAUCAGAAACUUAUGAAUGACAUUACUGGUGCUAUUAAUGCUGUGGAUAAGGCUGCAUCGGAUUUUAAGAAAUCUCAUCAGUAG